ACCGUACUCCUCCGUAAGACACGCAGAUAAAAGCAAUAAAUCGUCUGCUGAUCCAGAGUGUUUUUAGUGGUCGAGAAACAAUAACAACAACCACAACAACGAGAACAGCCUGAGCCAUACAGAUACAACACGUUAAAUUUGCUGCUGGUAACCAUAUACAAUGGGGACACCAGUAAAAGAUGCUGUUAUACCUGAAAGUGCUCCUAAAUCGCUUCUUGUACAAAAACAUGCUGACUAUAUUGCAGCAUAUGGGUUAAAAAAGGAUGACUAUGAAUACUGUAUGACUGAGUACCUUCGUAUGAGCGGCAUGUACUGGGGGCUAACUGCCCUAGAUCUUCUGGGACAGCUGGGCAGGAUGGACAGACAGCAGGUGCUGGACUUCAUACAGCAUUGCCAACAUGAUGGAGGAGGCUUCGGAGCCAGCCCAGGACAUGACCCGCACCUGCUCUACACAUUGAGUGCUGUACAGAUUGUGGUGCUGUUUGAGGCCCAGGAUCAGGUCAAUGUGGCUGGGGUAGUGGAGUUCAUACAGAGCCUGCAGCAGGAGGAUGGCAGCUUCUGGGGAGACAAGUGGGGAGAGGUAGACACGCGGUUCUCAUUCUGUGCAGUGGCAUGUCUGUCAUUAUUGAACAGACUGGAUGCAGUAGACACAGAUAAAGCAGUGGAGUUUGUACUGUCCUGUAUGAACUUUGAUGGUGGGUUUGGAUGCAGGCCAGGCUCUGAGUCCCACUCUGGACAGAUCUACUGCUGCUUGGGGUUCCUUGCACUGCUGGGCCAGCUUCAUCAUGUGAAUGCAGACAUGCUUGGCUGGUGGCUGUCAGAGAGGCAGCUUCCAUCCGGUGGGCUCAAUGGUCGCCCUGAGAAGCUGCCGGAUGUCUGCUACUCCUGGUGGGUCCUUGCCUCACUGAAGAUCAUAGGCAAACUGCACUGGAUCAACAAGGAAAAGCUUGUGCAGUUCAUACUGGCCUGCCAGGACGAGGAAACAGGGGGGUUUGCUGAUAGACCAGGUGACAUGGUUGACCCAUUCCACACACUGUUUGGUGUGGCCGGGCUCUCUCUACUGGGCCAGGCUGAGCUGAAACCUGUCAACCCGGUGUUUUGUAUGCCAGAGGAGCUCAUCAGGGGGACAGGCAUCCACCUAGAGCUCUUGUGAUACGGGACUGAGCACCUAGAGGAGCUGGGAGGGACUCAUAAUGCAUACAAAGCGAGCCAGCAGCAGGCGCUGACUUCAUUCAGAAUAAGAUGUGAUUGUAUUUUUUUUUAGGAUAACUAGGUCAAGUAAACCAAAUUAACCUUAAUUCAAUUUUUUAGCACACAUAAUCGCCAGGAGAACUACUUCGAUCACCCUUUGUUUGGUGUCUAUUGUCCUUGUAUGGUUUGCAGUGUGAGGUUUGAGUCAUCAACUUUCAGCUUGUUACCACUCAAGAGCCCACAUUUUUUAAUUUAAUCUUGAGGAAACUUUGUCAACCUGUCAAUCUUGUCAAUAUCUAUGCUGAGUUUGAAUCAGGGUCACAUGUGUCCAAAAGCUAGGUCACCAGGUCAAAUAACCUUGUUUCCUGUCUAGAGGCCACAGUUAUGACUAAAACUUGAUGAUCUGGACAAUAUAAAGGCCAAGUUUAAAUCUGGUUCACGUUCAUUCAAAAGCCAGGUCACCAAGUCAAAAAGAAAAACCAUGUUACGACUCUAGAGGCCACAUUUAUGACUCAAUUUGAUGAAACUUGGUCCGAAUAUUUAUUUUGACAAUAUCUUGGCCGAGUUCAAAUUUGGAUCAUGUGCAUCUAAAAACUAGGACACCAAGUCAAAUCUUAGAGAAAGCUUGUAACCACUCCAGAGGCAACAUUUAUGGCAAAUAUUGUUGAAACUCAGUCAGACAAUUUUAUCUUGACAAUAUGAAGGAAAUGUUUGAAUUGGGGUCAAGUGCGGUUAAAACCUAGUCCAGUCUUCAACAAUUGGUGUCCAUGAACACAGAUGAGUGCUUAAGGAACAUCAUGGCCCUCUUGUUUAUGUUUUAUUACAACAAAUGGUAUGACUGCUAUUGAAAUAAACUAGUCCAUGUUUACCGUUUCCGUGUUGAAAUAUGAAACGAUAAUUUGAUCAUGAUGUCAACAAGUCCCUUUGUUAAGCUGACAUAACAACUGCAAAUAUAAUAAAUACUGUUAUGUUGACACAUUAAAUUGUAGAUCACCUGAAAACAAUGUGCUGAUGGUGAGUUUUUGUGAUCAACUUUUGUCUGUUGAUGUUCCUUUUUUGUCAUAAACAUUUUGUGAACUUUCUAGAGGCUACAUUUAUUUCCCUGUCUUCAUGCAACUGAUUCAGAACAUUUGUCCCAGUCAUAUUUAUUAUGAGUUUGAAACGCGGUCAUGUGGGAUUAAUACCUUGGUCGCUAGGUUUAAGCGAAGAAAAAAAUUGGUAAAUCUUCUAGAUGUUACAACAUAAAACUUGCCCAGAUCAUUUGAUCUGAUGAUAUCUUGGCUCUUGGGAGGGUUUGAAAAUUGCUGUGGUCCUUGGAAAGACAUUGCUGUACGGGUUUGGGAUAGGUUUUCCUGUUAUGAUUAUAGUGCAAACUUGUGAACACCAAAUUUAAAAAAAAAUGCCCAUUUUUUUAUAGUGGAUAAAAAAAGUUAACAGUGCUUUGAAAAACAGUUGUCCGCGAGCAGGGCAGUUUAAGCUACAGUGAAACCUUGUAAAUUAACACUCAUUUACUAGACUAGAAGCCACGUUUUUAACCAAAUCAUGAAUAUUGCAAAAACACUAGUCUUGUUCAAAGAAUAUCUUGGUCGAGGUAAAAAAUGGUCAAUGGAAAAAACUUUGCCAUCAGGGGGGCGCAGGUUUUUUUUGUGGUGCUUAAGUGGAACCUUGUGAACACUUUAGCAAUUACAUUGUACAUGUAUUCCCAAUUACAUGUAAUAAUUAAAUUUGCUCAGAAGAUUUGUUCUAAUGGUAUCUUUCCCAAGUUUAAAAAUGCCCCAAGUCUGUUGAAAAAGAUGACAGAGAGUGGUGCAGUUUUUCUUUAAUGUAUGCUUGAAACACUACCUGCUUAGAAGAAUUUGGGUCCCAGGUGAGCGUCUUAUGGUCUUUGGUCCUCUUGUUUGAAUUAAGUGUAAAUUGUUUUAAUGAAAAGGAAUGAAUUAUAUAGCCCAUAGCUAGAAAAUAAUGCUGAUAUUUGCACUAUUUUGUGUUAAUGAACCUAAUUUGUAUGAGUUCAGCUACACUUACAUAAAUGCUCAACGAGUUUUUCAGUAUGCUUGCAUAAUUUCAUUGCAUGCGGAAUAUUGUGGGCAGUGUAUGCCAUUUCUUUAAUGUUAUGUACAGUGCAAUAGAAUACAUGAUUUAUCAAUGUUAA